CCCUCCAUAUAAUAACCUCUCCCACUCCCAACUCUCAACCAUCUUCUUCUUCCUAUCCAAACCCUAAGAAAAACAUUUACAUAUAUAUAUAUAUAUAUAUAUAUAGAAGUCUCCCCACUACUCAACCUACUCCACAACAGAAAGAGUACACUAGUGAAACUCAGUCACUAGCUCAACACAGAUGGAUCAAGGACACACUCACAAGCACACAACUUCAUCAAGAUCAACAACCACCACCACCUUCAUCCCUUUCCAAGACCUCCCUCUCAGAUAUCUCUCCCACUACUUGUACUACAAAGACCCUCCCAAAGACCAUCAUCAUCAUCAUCUCCAUCCCCACCACCACUCCGACCUCACCGUCUUCAACCCUCGCCACAGCUUCCACCUCCCUCCCUCCACCACCACUCCCCACCAUCGCCUCUCCUCCGUCUCCUCCACCGACACCUUCACUCGCAACUUCCGUUCCUCCUCCUUCCACUCUGCUCCCACCCCUUCCUCCCACUCUGGCCUUCUCCCCAAACCCCCUCCUCCUCCUUCUCCUCCUCCUCCUCGCCGGAGAUUCUCUCUCCUCUGCUCCUGCCCUUGCUCCGGCUCCAAAUCCAUUGACGUUGAAGAGAAUCUCUCUCAACCUCGUUUCUCAUCCCAACCCCGUUUCUCGUUUCCCCUCACUGAGCCUUCUCGUCUCUCUCUUGACGUUUUCAAGCCUUCCCUUAUGGGAUCCGCGUUUCCCACGAGCGCUUUGGACGAUGACGUGGGAAGCGAUGCCAGCUCGGACUUGUUUGAGAUUGAAAGCUUCCCCAAGCGCCGUGACUCUAUUGACGGCUCGGCGACUUGUCGGCUGGCUCAGCUCCGUCGUAGCGUUGAGUUGGCUGUAGCCGCGGCUGAGCCGGCUGAAACUUAUGCGCCGAGUGAAGCCAGCGUGGGGUGGAGUGUUACCACGCCUGAUCAAGGGUUCGACCGGCCCGGUUCGGACUUUGAACCGGUUCGGUCUGGUGGGAAGAAACGGAGAAGCGGGUUGCUUGCUUGCGUUUGUGAUAAGGCUGUGAGUGUUGGACCCGACCCGGUUCGGUUCGGUCAGGAGAAGGCUGGUCGGGUUGAGUUGGACCGGGUUCGGGAGAUUGCUAGGUUGGUUCGAUCUAACUCGGCUCGCAUUUGCCGUCCGUUGGGAACUCGGUUGGGUUGAGAGGCUUGCACGUGUGAUGCACGUGUUUGGGGUUAAUACAGUUCUUCUUAAUAUUA